AUGAGCUCCUCGGAGGACGAUAUGCCUCUGGCUCGCGCAAAUGGGCGCGCAAAGGCAAACUCCGCUUCGACCACCCCGAAUACAAACGGUAACGGUGAUCUUGCGCCUGGCAUUUCGGUCCGAUUCGGUGCAGUGCAGGACAAGGACGUCGAGAUGGAGGAUGCGGAUGCGGCGCACAGCGCGGGGAAGCGCAAAUCUCGUGCUAGCAUUGACAAUAAAAAGUCAUAUGUCGAGCCGGAAAGCAGUGAUGAAGAAGACGAGCCCCUGAGCAAACGCCGGCGAACAUCAGUGAAACACGAGGACCCCGAGUCCGAUGACGAUGUUCCUUUGGCUUUGAACGGAAGGAAACUUCCUAAAGCUUCGGAAACCGCCAUCGGAGAGGAGUCCGACUCCGAUGUCCCGAUUGAGAGGAAACUCUCUGCACAGAAGAAGAAGAUUGAACAAAAAGCCACCAAAGAGGCUCGCACGGCCCGCAAGCCGGCUUCGAAAAAGGAAACCAAACCUGCAGCAGCAGCCAAGAAGCAGACUAACGGUGUCAAGAAGGAGUCGGCCGAUGACAAGUCUGCCGUUAAGAAGGUGAAGGCUGAAUCCACCACUCCUAAAAAGGCUAAGGCGGAAAGUGAGGAUGCUGAGGAGAAGGGCGAGGACGAGGAAGGAUACAAGUGGUGGGAGGACCCUACUAAGGGUGACGGUACUAAAAAAUGGACGACAUUGGAGCACAAUGGCGUUGUUUUCCCGCCACCAUAUGAGCCCUUGCCAAAGCACGUCAAGCUCAAGUACGAUGGAGUACCGGUGACACUACACCCGGAUGCUGAGGAAGUUGCCGGGUUCUUUGGUGGUAUGCUCAACUCCACUCACAAUGUCGAAAACCCUGUUUUCCAGAAAAACUUCUUCACGGACUUCAAGGAAAUUCUCAAGAAGACUGGCGGUGCCAAGGAUGCUCAAGGCAAGAAGGUAGACAUCAAGGACUUCACCAAGUGCGAUUUCAAGCCCAUCUUUGAAUACUACGAUGCUCAACGCGAGGAGAAAAAGAGUGCCACCCCCGCCGAGAAGAAGGCGCUAAAGGCCGAGAAAGAUGCGCUAGAAGCCCCUUACCAGUACUGCAUCUGGGAUGGCCGCAAACAGAAAGUCGGCAACUUCCGCGUCGAGCCCCCUUCGCUUUUCCGUGGACGAGGCGAGCAUCCUAAGACUGGUCGCGUGAAGACUCGUGUACAACCAGAACAAAUCACCAUCAACAUUGGCAAGGAUGCCACCGUACCGCCGCCUCCGCCUGGUCACCAGUGGAAGGAGGUGAAGCAUGAUCAAGAAGGAACAUGGCUUGCCAUGUGGCAAGAGAACAUUAACGGCAAUUACAAGUAUGUGAUGCUGGCCGCCAAUUCCGAUGUCAAGGGUCAGAGCGAUUACAAGAAGUUUGAAAAGGCUCGUGAGCUCAAGAAGUAUAUUGAGAAGAUCCGUAAGGAUUACCAGAAGGCCUUGAAGCACGACCUGAUGGUGGAGCGCCAGAAGGCUACAGCCGUCUACCUGAUCGAUCAGUUCGCUCUGCGUGCUGGAAACGAGAAAGGCGAGGAUGAGGCCGAGACUGUCGGAUGUUGCUCACUCAAAUAUGAGAACAUCAGUCUGAAGCCCCCGAACACCGUUGUCUUCGAUUUCUUGGGUAAAGAUAGUAUUCGGUUCUACGACGAAGUCAAGGUUGACCCUCAGGUCUUCAAGAAUCUGAAGAUUUUCAAGAAGGCGCCCAAGAAGAAUGGUGAUGAGGUUUUCGACCGAUUGACUACCUCUGCUCUCAACAAACACUUGCAGAACUACAUGAACGGUCUUACUGCCAAGGUCUUCCGUACUUACAAUGCGUCUUUCACCAUGAGCGAGGUGCUUAAGGAAAUGAAGGCCACCGGUACAAUCCCAGAAAAGAUCAAGGCCUACAACGAUGCCAACCGCAAGGUGGCUAUCCUGUGUAACCAUAAGCGAACGGUCACCGCUGGCCAUGCUAAUCAGAUGGAGAAGAUGGGUGAACGGAUCAAAGGACUUCGCUAUCAGAAAUGGCGGUUGAGACAGCAGAUGCUUGACUUGGAUCCCAGCCUGAAAAAGAAGAAGGGUGCCUCUUUCUUUGAGAUGGACGAGGACCUUACCAUGGAAUGGAUCAAGGAGCACCAGGCCUAUCUACUGGAGGAGCAGACUCAGAAGAUCAAGAAGAAGUUCGAGAAGGACAACGAAAAACGAGUUGCCGACGGUGAGAAAGAGAUGAAGGUCACUGAGCUCAACGAGCGCCUUGAGCCCGUCAAAGACAUGGAAAAGAAGUUUAACAAGGAGAACAAGACUGGCAAGGUUGAAGCUGAAGGAAAAGGUCCAACCGUAGAGAAGAUCGAGGCCGCCAUUGCGAAACUCGAGCAGCGCGUUGAGACAAUGUCCCUCCAGGCUCAGGACAAGGAAGACAACAAGGAGGUGGCUCUUGGGACCUCGAAGAUCAACUACAUCGACCCUCGCCUUACUGUUGUCUUCAGUAAGAAGUUCAAUGUCCCUAUCGAGAAGUUUUUCUCCAAGGCACUGCGUGAGAAGUUUGAGUGGGCUAUCAAGUCUGUUGAGGAGGAUUGGGAGUUCUGA